ACUCGCUCUAGUUGCUGUGGUCCGGACUCGGGACCGGCUGCCAUCUUAGUCGAGGGACUGAAGAGUCGCCGCCGCCCCGAGUCCCGGUAACAUGCAUUUAACAGUGGCAUUCUGGAGACAACGCCUUAACCCAAGGAAUUGACUCCUGACUUGAACGGUGAGAACUUCAGAAUGGAUGAUAUUUUUGAGGAACUGAGUAUCAGGAUAAGAAGGAGCCAAUAACUGACCCCUAGGUUACUCCAACGUGAAAAGCAUACAGAGAGAAGGAAUUGUCAGAGGAGACUAAGAAGGAACAAUCAGUGAGGGUAGGACAUAAACCUAGAGAAUUUGUCUUGGAAACUCAAGGAAAGAAGGUAAAUCUCGGAAGGAGGAAUGAUCAACCAUGUCAGAUUUUUCUGGUUUGCUGUCCUAUUGGUGGUAUGUGUGACAGUGGAUCACAGCUUGGUUCAAUGGGUAGCCUGACCAUGAAAUCACAACUUCAGAUCACUGUCAUUUCAGCAAAACUUAAAGAAAAUAAAAAGAAUUGGUUUGGACCAAGUCCUUAUGUGGAAGUUACAGUAGAUGGACAGUCAAAGAAGACAGAAAAAUGUAACAAUACAAACAGUCCCAAAUGGAAGCAACCCCUUACAGUUAUCGUCACCCCUAUGAGUAAAUUACAUUUUCGCGUGUGGAGUCACCAGACACUGAAAUCUGAUGUUUUAUUGGGAACUGCUGCACUAGAUAUCUAUGAAACAUUAAAGUCAAACAAUAUGAAACUUGAGAAAGUAGUUGUGACUUUACAGCUUGUAGGUGACAAAGAACCAACAGAGACAAUAGGAGACUUGUCAGUUUGUCUUGAUGGGCUGCAGUUAGAAUCUGAAGUUGUUACCAAUGGUGAAGCUACAUGUUCAGAAAGUCGACACUCAACUACUGAGCCAUGCCAGCCGACCAUUGGUGCUUCACAGAAUGAUGAUGGCUCCAGGCCCAAGGAGGAAACAAGAGUGAACACAAAUGGAUCAGACGACCCUGAGGAUGCAGGGUCUGGUGAAAAUAGUAAGGUCAAUGGGAAUAAUUCUCCAUCACUCUCAAAUGGCGGUGUUAAGCCUUCUAGACCUCCAAGACCUUCACGACCACCUCCACCUACCCCACGUAGACCAGCUUCUGUUAAUGGUUCACCUUCUGCCCCUUCUGAAAGUGAUGGCUCCAGUACAGGCUCUCUGCCUCCAACAAAUACAAAUUCAAAUACAUCUGAGGGAGCAACAUCUGGAUUAAUAAUUCCUCUUACUAUAUCUGGAGGCUCGGGCCCUAGGCCAUUAAAUCCUGUACCCCAAGCUCCACUACCACCUGGUUGGGAGCAGAGAGUGGACCAGCACGGGCGAGUUUACUAUGUAGAUCAUAUUGAAAAAAGAACAACGUGGGAUAGACCAGAACCUCUACCUCCUGGCUGGGAACGCAGGGUUGACAACAUGGGACGUAUUUAUUAUGUUGACCAUUUCACAAGAACAACAACGUGGCAGAGGCCAACAUUGGAAUCCGUCCGGAACUAUGAACAGUGGCAGCUCCAGCGUAGUCAGCUUCAAGGAGCAAUGCAGCAGUUUAAUCAGAGAUUCAUUUAUGGGAAUCAAGAUUUGUUUGCAACAACACAAAAUAAAGAAUUUGAUCCUCUUGGUCCCCUGCCACCUGGAUGGGAAAAGAGAACAGACGGCAAUGGUAGAGUAUAUUUUGUCAACCACAACACUCGUAUUACACAAUGGGAAGACCCCAGAAGUCAAGGUCAAUUAAAUGAAAAGCCCUUACCUGAAGGCUGGGAAAUGAGAUUCACAGUGGAUGGAAUUCCAUAUUUUGUGGACCACAAUAGAAGAACAACCACCUAUAUAGAUCCCCGCACUGGAAAAUCUGCCCUAGACAAUGGACCCCAAAUAGCCUAUGUACGGGACUUUAAGGCAAAGUUUCAGUAUUUCCGGUUCUGGUGUCAGCAACUGGCCAUGCCACAGCACAUAAAGAUUACAGUAACAAGAAAAACAUUGUUUGAGGAUUCCUUUCAACAGAUAAUGAGCUUCAGUCCCCAAGAUCUGCGAAGACGUUUGUGGGUGAUUUUUCCAGGAGAAGAAGGUUUAGAUUAUGGAGGUGUAGCAAGGGAAUGGUUCUUUCUUUUGUCACAUGAAGUGCUGAACCCAAUGUAUUGCCUGUUUGAAUAUGCAGGGAAGGAUAACUACUGCUUGCAGAUAAACCCCGCUUCUUAUAUCAAUCCAGAUCACCUGAAAUAUUUUCGUUUUAUUGGCAGGUUUAUUGCCAUGGCUCUGUUCCAUGGGAAAUUCAUUGAUACAGGUUUUUCCUUGCCAUUCUACAAGCGUAUCUUGAACAAACCAGUUGGACUCAAGGAUUUAGAAUCUAUUGAUCCAGAAUUUUACAAUUCUCUCAUCUGGGUUAAAGAAAACAAUAUUGAGGAAUGUGGUUUGGAAAUGUACUUCUCCGUCGAUAAAGAAAUUUUAGGUGAAAUCAAGAGUCAUGAUUUGAAACCCAAUGGUGGCAAUAUUCUUGUAACAGAAGAAAAUAAAGAGGAAUAUAUCAGAAUGGUAGCUGAAUGGAGAUUGUCUCGAGGUGUUGAAGAACAGACGCAAGCUUUCUUUGAGGGUUUCAAUGAAAUUCUUCCCCAGCAGUAUUUGCAGUACUUUGAUGCAAAGGAGUUAGAGGUCCUUUUAUGUGGAAUGCAAGAGAUUGAUUUGAAUGACUGGCAAAGACAUACCAUCUACCGUCAUUAUACUAGGACAAGCAAACAAAUAAUGUGGUUUUGGCAGUUUGUUAAAGAAAUUGAUAAUGAGAAGAGAAUGAGACUUCUACAGUUUGUUACUGGAACCUGCCGAUUACCAGUUGGAGGAUUUGCUGACCUCAUGGGGAGCAAUGGACCUCAAAAAUUCUGCAUUGAAAAAGUUGGGAAAGAAAAUUGGUUACCCAGAAGUCAUACCUGUUUUAACCGCCUGGACCUACCACCCUAUAAGAGCUAUGAGCAACUGAAGGAAAAGCUGUUAUUUGCCAUUGAAGAAACAGAAGGAUUUGGACAAGAGUAACUUCUGGGAAUUUGAACCACAGAAGGACAAGAACUUACUUGCAAUGUUUGUCCUUUUCCUUCUCUGCUUGUUGCACAUCUUGUUGUAAAAUUGGACUGUGACUGUUUAGAGAGAGUUAUCUGAGUAUAAGUAAAUUAAUGUUAUCAUUGAGAUUUAUUUACCAGUGAUUCUGGACUUUUAUUCAACAUUUCCAGAAAUCGGAUCUGCAAAUGACUAGUCAAAACCUUAACAUGAGAUUUAACACAUCAUUGAAAUCUGACUUGUCUUAUUCCACUAGAUUGUUUCCUUAAUUAUGUAUAUGUGUAUCAAAAGUCUCACUCUUCCUUUUACAUCCUAGAACAGUAACAAAAACAUUUUAAACUCAUGUAUCUGUACUCUAAAACACUGCCAUCCUAAAGCAGAUUUUAUGUGCGUGAAAGGAUUGCCUCAUUCAGAAAUUGUCAGUAUGAAGGGGGAGAUUAGGCUUUCCCCAACCCUACAUUUAUUUUGUUUUUUAUUCCACAUAUGCCAGGAAAUAUAUGUAGUAUGGUCUCUAAAACCCCUAGGUUUUUUUUCCCCAAAGUUGAGACUCUCUGCCUUUUUCUUGGUAAGGGGGGAAAAUGCUAUUGCUUUGUCUUACAGAGCGAAUGUCUGCCAACUACCCAUCCAUUACAUAAGCCUGAACUUUGGUAAUAUAUGGCUAUGAAAAUUAAUUAAGCCUCUAUAAAGACUUCCCAUAGAGAUGAAUUCUGAUACUGAAAUGUAGUUACCUGCAGUAUUUACUAGAGAUUUAUGAGAUUAAAUUAAGAGAUAAUGUAAGAAAGUAGACUUUUCUGAUUCUACAUAAUGCUUGAUUAUUCAUUUAAGGACCUAGAAAUAUUGUGUGAAAAUGUAUAAAUAUCACCCAAAAGGCUUUCUGCCCUAUAUUUUUAAAAUACAGAAUAGUUAUAUUUUAAGUAGCCCCGGCCCUAGUUCUAUAGGGCUUGGCUAUUUAAUAUUUUUAUGGAGAAAACAUUUAGUUCUGGAAAAGGUAAAUGCUUGUAUAUAUUUUUGCAGCCUGAGAUCUCCCUUACUCCAUUUCUUCCUUUAAUUUAAGUGGCCACAUGUAUAUGUCUUCCCUGCUGUGUUAGGAAAAUGGGGGCUGGAUAUCCCAAGAAUCAGAGGUUUUAUAAAAAAUACUGCAAAUAGCAGACAUAAAUAUCUCCAAAUACUAUCUUAAAUUUUGGUAUAAGCUGAACAUUUGGAAAUAGAUUUAUUGUAAGUGUUUAAUUAGAGCAAUUUCUUAAAUCUGAACUAAAUCGCUUUUAGAGUCCUUUUUCUUUGUGAGCAUUGUAAAUGCUAAUAAAUUGUUAAAAAAAUUUUUUUUUUUUUUACUGCAUGUUAUGUUGAAAUAAAAACAAAGUAAAAUGAGCAAAUUGCCUUAUUCUUCUGCUCUUUUGGGAGGUUGGGGAAAGCAGCAUUUCACAGCCUAGGCAGUAAGGAAGGACCUCACUUGUUUAAUCAAACAGAGUGCUUUAAAACUGAUCCAGCCACUCAUAAUAAUGAAUUCCUACUCUGUCUUUUAUGAUCUUAUAUUGUGCAGAAGAAUCUAAUUUUAUUAAGACUUACAAUAACUCUAUUUAAGAUUGAGAUACUCAUUUUUCAGCAAGAGAUUGACAUACUAAUGUCAAGUCAUAGAAAUUUAAGUGAAAUAUGACUCACCUCCCCACAAAGGUCUCAUGCUAAAUAAGCUAUUUCAGUCAAGCCCACUCUGCCCCUUUUUAUUUAUCUAAUUAAUAAUGCAAAAUGUUACCAGGGAUGCCUCAUGGAAUUAGACUUUGCUAUAUUUAUAUUCCUCCUUGGUUUGGAAUGUAACUCCAUCCUUCUAAACUCCUAAGGUUAACUACUUCUAUUUAAUAUUGUUGGUAUCUCCAGCCCCCUCUUAUUUGUUUUCCUUUUAGGGUUAUUGACAAAAUUAUUUGUAUAUAUGCUAUGCUUUCAUUAACUAAAAACGAAAUAGCACCACUGGAUUGUAUAUUACUGUAUUAGCAUUCCUUUUUUUUUUCUUUCUUGAAAUGUAAUUUCAAAUACUCAGGUAAUUCUACAAAUAUCACAGGGAGUCAAGUGCUCUUAAUAAAGGCCCUUAAGGGGGCUGCCUCACUUGCAUUUCCUUAAAAGAUGUAACUUUAUAAUUAAAGAUUUUUGGUCUUUCA